UGCUGCAGCGAAGUGUACUUGAAAGCAGCGCUCUCCAACCGAAUUUAAACACACGAAGAAGAAGAACCGGAAGCUGAAUAAAGCGACUAGCUUGACUCCAUUUUCUAGCUAGCGUUGAGGGGUUGUUUGUUUACGUUUUCCCCUUUACGAACAAAUUUAUUUAUUUUUGUUUCUUGUUAUUCUUAAAAGACAAAUUAUUUGUCAAGAUGGGAGGCGGAGAUCUGAACUUAAAAAAGAGCUGGCACCCCCAGACUAUGAAAAACAUCGAGCGAGUCUGGAAAGCUGAGCAGAAACAUGAAGCUGAACGUAAGAAGAUCGAGGAGCUCCAGAAGGAGCUGAAAAACGAACGAGCUCGAGAAGAAAUGACCAGAUACGCAGAGGAAACUGGUGCCAUCAAGAAGAGAGAUGACCGCCUGGACUGGAUGUACCAGGGUCCCGCUGGUCAGGUGUCCAGAGACGAGUAUCUGCUGGGGCGCCCCAUCGACAAGCAGAUCACAGAUCAGUACGAGGAGCCGGAGAGCGGUCCAUCAGCCGAGACGGGCCUCCUGCCUGGCUCCAUUUUCAACCCCGUCACCCCUGCUUCAGGCCUGGAUCUGGCUGCUAAGAUCAGGGAGGACCCUUUGUUCCAGAUCCGGAAACGUGAGGAAGAAAAAAAGAGAGAGUUUCUAACUAAUCCAGUAAAGAUGAAGAAAAUUAAGGAAAUGCUGCAACAGAAUCUUGAAAAGAAAGACAAGAAAAAGAAGAGGAAGAAGGAAAGAAAGGAGAAGAAAGAGGGCAAGGAAAGGAGAAGGGAAACGAAGCACAGGAGGAGGAGUUUAAGCUCAGACGAUGAGGAGGACAAACGCAGGUGGAACUCAAGAGAUGAAUCUACAGACGUUAAAUCUUCACAUCAUGUUCCAGGAUACGGCCUCCAGCUUCCUGGAGGCCGACAUCAUCAGGACUCGGCUACGUCGAGUCGCUCUGGGCGCAGAGAGAGGAGCCGGUCGCGCUCUCCUCACCCGAACCACAAGGACAACCGACACUCCUCCUCAUCCUCACACAGAGCCGAGAGGAAGGUGGAGCCCAGAGCGCCAAGCCCGCAGCGUUACCAGCGUCAGAGGAACCACGUGUCAAAGAAGCUUUCUGCCGAGGAGCUGGAGAGGAAGAGGCGUGAGAUGAUGAGCCAGGCCAAGCAGAGGGAGGAGGACCGGGAGAACAACGUGAAGCGGUACAAGAGGCAGGACGAGCAGGAGAAGCAGCGAGAACAAAACGUCAAACAGGAGCGACACGCCGGAUUCAUCCACGACAUGAAGCUGGAGAGCGCUGCCAGCUCCUCUUUAGAGGACCGAGUGAAGAGAAACAUUCACUCCAUCCAGAGAACGCCGGCCUCCCUCGACAACUUCAUGAAGAGGAAUUAGUUUCUGUUUUCAAACAAACAAAUCAUCUGGCUUUUAUUUUGAAAACAUGAGCAGUUUGUUCCCAUCUCGGUGAAAAGCAUCAAUUUGUUGUUUUUUUGUACAGUUUGACAUUUUAGAUUUUCAAACRAUUGUUUUUUGAAUAUAUGGUUGUUAUUUUGUGUAAAGAGGUAAAUACUGUAAAAUAAAAAAAAUAUUGAUUUAAAAAAA